CAGCACACAAAGAUAAUGGCGAGGUCAGUUUUAUUCAGUUUCAGUACAACAGAAAUAUAUUGGGGCUGCAGAAAGGCAAGCAUCGAGGCAAUUGUGUGCCACACUGACCAAUAGCAAUUAAGUAAUCACAAGGAAGAGACCGGCGUGUCUGGAGUCUUCCUCGCGGAGAUUUUGCAACUCCAUGGAGAUGCACUAAGACUACUAUUUUCGCUGCUACUACUACAAGGAUACGCAACAGCAUGCCGCCCAAGAAGCAGCCUGAGAGGUAUACCUCUUCGCAGAAACAAGCGACCCAAGAUCAAGACACCGAGCUCCUACUCAACAACUAUCCCAACAAUUAUCCCGACAAGGAACAGGAGAAUGAAAAAUUCUCGAGGGCGGAUGAAAUGCUGAAAUCAAGAAACGUGAACCCAGUCCUGUUGCAAGACCGGGCUGCUCUCAUAGCCGCAGCAGCGGAGAAGACCGCAACCGAAUUUUUGACGGAGAAGAAAGACAGUAGCGAUUCAGCGUUCCAGAAUUUUCGGGCGAGCUUUGCGAAGAACCUUAAGGAGAUCAGCAUCAAGAAGAGCGGGUUCUUCAGAAGCAGCGAAAAAAAACUAUCUGAAGACGCGGCGGAAGCAAUCCUUCGUCGAGUUGAUAAAUCGCAGGAGCUAUUUGACUACCUCUUUUCUUUGCAGCCCGAGGACUUCGAUUUGACGCAAGAGGUAUUAGAUUGUGGUCUCGGCGCAUAUUUUGCAAAUCGCUGGGUAGAAGAGCACCCGAGGGCCAUCUCUCGCUCUCUCAAUGCCCAAAAGGCAGCUGUGAAUACACUAAUAACGGAGAAACACAGUUUGCCCAGGAAAUCGGCAGAGCAGGAACAGGUGUCGUGGGAAUGGAUGGAAAGCAAUCUGCUGGGGAAGGCGAAGACGAGGGACGGAAAUCGUGUUGUUCCUGUGCCGUGCGACCCCGCAGACGGGCGGACUAUGAAGUUCUUAACAGCUUUGUCCUCGGCAAUUGAUGGCAACUUGAACAAGGAUUCCGGACUGCUCAGGCUGUUCGUGACGAACCGUGACGUCCUUCGGUAUCUUCGCAAAAUAUUUUACGCCCCUCGGAGGAAAAAGCGGCCGGGCGAGAAAAUUUCGGAGAAGGACAACGAGACGAUCGACUUAUCGGAUGAAGCUGGAAAGGAGUUCAAGAAAGAGCUGGUGAAGGGCAUCCUGGACCUCGCAAUUGAUGUGGUGAAUGACCCGAGCGGAAACAAGCGGUUCUUUUUGAAGCACUACGGGGGUGAACCCGAGCUGACCGAUGAUUUUGACCUGCUUGUGUAUCCUCCCAUCUUACCAGGAGAUCCGCUAGAUUCUAGUGGUGAAGAACAGAUGCUACUUCGAGACGACCUUGAUGUCGUUGAAUCAAAACCAAACGUCCCCUACUUGUUCGAGCCCAAUCUGGUAGGAGUGUGAAUCACCUCCCCACCCCUUUGAAUCACCUCCCCACGCAUCACCUACCCACCUCCCCCGCAUCACCUCGUGACGCGGCCGUAUCACCACCGCAACGGCCGGAGGUGAUGCAGAAGCAGAGCCGGCUGCGGCCUUGGUUGUUUGGAUCUAGGGUUUAGGGCUCGGGGCUUAGGGUCGUCGAGGCCAGCCGGCGCGACGGCCGUCGCGCCGGCUGGCCUCGGCGAUUCUCUCCUCCUCGUCUGCUCUGUCCCUUCUCCGCCCUUGCGCGUCACCCUUUUGCCUUCCCCUUCUCCCUGGCCCUUCUGAAUGUUGUGCGCCCUUUGCCCCCGGCGUGCCUCCGUGCCUUGACUCCUUGCGGCAUUGCUUUGCGUGCCCCGUGGGUCGUUCCAUGCUCGCCACCUUAGGGCCGCCGGCCGACAUCUGGUGGCCGCGUACAUAGGCGCAUCUGUCAUGCAGGAUGAGGGCCCAUGUGCGUUGUGGCAGAUACCUGCUGGCUUCAUGGCCGCGAGGUAGAUCGAUGGCACAGAACGAAGCCAAGCAACAAGCAUCCAGACGUAGUCACGUUCUGGUCGACCAUCACGGGGAAGUGCAACGUGGUGGGGAAGUGUUGGAGUCCAACACUUCCCCACCUCCCUGCCGUCCUGGACGGCAGGGAGGGGAAGUGUGGGGAAGUACCUCCCCACCUCCCCACUACUGGGGAGGCACCUCCCCACACGCGGGGAGGCACCUCCCCAGGGUGGGGAGGUAGGGAGGUGGGGAGGUGAUGCGUGGGGAGGUGAUUCACACCAUAACCGCCGAAUCUCGACACCGACGUCCCCGUUGAAUCAAAACCAAACCUCCGAACUUGUCCGAGCCGAACCUCGACAGCACUAACGUCCCCAAAGAGAAAACCGUAUCCGCUUCUUCGCUUCAGCAGAGCAACGAACAUGGACAGCGACGACCACAAGUUUCGAGUGCAAUCGAAAUCGGAGAAGCGGACGGUUCCCCAAAGUUGUUGCGCACCGAAAACGGGGAGCAGCGCGCUAGUGCCAUUGGCGGCAAUAGUAGGAGUACGGCUCAUGCGAACACAAGCGCUCCGCGGAAGAACUUAA